AUGAUUAUUUACAAGGAUAUCAUCACCGGUGACGAGAUCAUCUCCGACACCUUCAAGAUCAUCGAAGACGGCCCCGUCCUCUGGACCGCCGACUGCCGCAAAUACCUCAAAGGAUCCGAAAACUUCGAGCUCGAAGGCGCCAACCCUUCCGCCGAAGGUGGUGACGAUGAAGAAGGUGGCGAGGGUGGCCAGGUCAUGGUCCACGAUAUCGAGGACCAGUUCCGUCUCGUCUGGCUCAAGACUGAGGAGGGCAUGAAGCCCUCCAAGGAUGCCUUCAAAGGGCACUUGAAAUCCUACGUCAAAGCCGUCAACAAUAAACUCAAGGAAAAAGGUGCCUCCGAAGAGAAAAUCAAGGAAUUCCAGUCCGGCGCUGCCGCAGCUGUCAAGAAGAUCCUUGCCAACUACGACAACUACGAUGUCCUUAUGAACCAGUCCAUGGACCCCAAUGGCAUGCAUGUUCUCAUCGAUUUCCGUGAUGAUGGCGUUACCCCUUAUGCCACUGUGUGGAAGCAUGGCCUUGAGGAGAUGAAGGUGUAA